AUGAGGUUAAAGGCUGGCAAAGGAAAUAGAACAAUGAGAUGCCUUAAAGCACCAAUUAGAAUUCUUAGCAAGGCCAGGGACUUUUACAUCAAAAACCUAUCGGAUUACUCUGAAAGUGUUGUGUAUGGCUGUCUAAUUGGCUGUUCUUCUGCUCCACAAUUGUCUUCUUGGCCCAACAGUACUAUUUUCAGUGUUAGCUCCUCCGUAUCGAGUGGCAAUGAAGAUUUCAGAGAGCUUAUGAGGAUUGCAACUAACACAAGGACUACAAGUCUUGGAAAUACGGUGGAAUCGGAGCUUAUCAUGCAGCAAUGUUCUGCUAAAAGUAGGGUACGUGUGGUUCCUCUUGAAGAAAUACCUUAA